UCCAGCUUCCCAUAUGCAUUCUCUUACCAAUGCUGAAGCCAUUAUGAAACUAUCAAUUUGUCAUGAGUAUUGAGUUUUUCUUGAUAUGAGGAGCUUCCUGACAUUUACAUCCAUGCUGACAUUUAAAAUUUACUUAAAAAAGCAUUAAACCUUUGCCAAGUUUAUUGGACAUGUUCAAACUUGCCCUUUCUGUACUAUCUUCCCUUCUAUGCUCUUACCUGCAAAAUUGUUGCAACAUAAAUGUCAGUUAUUGAAGAGCAAGUGUGUCUCUGCAUUAUUACUUGUAAAAGUAGAUUGAGAUUCUUUUUAUUUUUUCUCUCUCUUUGGUUGUUCCAUAUAAUCUUUUUCUUUAAUAAAAAUAUCAAAAAAGAAAGAAAGAAAGAAGAGUCAUCACGGCAUUUAUCUGUUAGGUCACGCAUCACUUAUAUCUAAAAUCCAAAGUCAUGUUACCAUAAGAUCAUGCCAAUCCAAUUGGUAAUAUGUUGGAAUGCUAUUCAGCUGGGCAUUUGAAUCUAUGGGAAUGUUGGCCUUUGAAUCAACUUGACCUUUCUAUUUGUCCAAGUUUGGAUGUGGAACCUGUGAUGUCCCAUUCAAGCAACAAGUAAAGGUCAAUUUGCAUAUUUUCUUGACUGGUAGACAAGGUCAGUGCACCUUUGCUCACUAAUCUUGGCCCUCACUUCUUUUAGGUUGGUUUGUAUGGCUGGCUUCGGUAAAUCUUUUUUUCUCUUCUUUUGUUCUCCCUCCUUCAAUGAAUUAGUCGAAUCCUGCUGUUCAUAUUUUUUUGUUAUACCCUUUGAUUGAGUUGUCUGCGUUUGGUUCUCUCAAUAUUUUGUAGCUAGAAGUCUGACUGAUGCUAGAUUAUUGGAUUACAGUGUCAAGACCGGACUCACCCAAUUUUUCUGGUGGCAUGGCCUUUAAGAUAAUGCUCAACAUUCUUUAGGACACUGAUGCUCUUACGAUAUUCGCCUCUUCCUUUCUUUCUUACGUCAGUGAAUUUCUGCAGCCACCUAAUGUUAACCAAGCGUCCAAGUGUACAGGGCUCAUGUCUUGAAAUGAUUUUCUCUUCCGAUUUUCCCUGGUUUUGCUUGUUUAAUGCGGUCGUAAGCAGUAUACUUCGUUGAUUUAGUCUUAUGCAUCCUUACUCUGAAGUUAAAUUUUGGAAAAUCUAUUUCAAAAGUAUAAUUUUUGUUCAGUUAUUACUGAUGUUAUUUUGUCUGGUCAUAUAUAAUUUAACCUUGUUUAUGUCCUCAUACUUAAUAUUAUUCGAUUAAAUUGAGGGAGUAGGAUAACUGAAAGUUUUUUUAAGGUUCUGUUUCCUCAUUUAGAAUUGAUAUUUUUAUAUAGUCAAUCUGUGGUGCAGAAAGCUUGAGCCUGGAGCCCCAAAACUUUUUGACUAUGGGCGAACCAUUGGUUUAACAUCUGUUUUCAAUAGAUUCCAACUCAAUGUUCUGAAAGCUCGACUUGCUUCAGCUUUCAGUAGUAUAUCUCAAGUCAGUAUAGAUGUAGAAUCUUCAACUUAUGGCAAUUGAUGUAGCAUUUUGUCACGUCCACUAUAUCGAGUCAGCAGAUGAGUGGUGAGCUGAACCAUGACGUGGCGAUACCCAAUGACGGUCACACGGAUUUGGCUGCUUUGCGUAGAAGCACUCGUCCAAGAACACUCACGUGGAAGUUACGAGAGGGGCAAGAGGGAUAAAAUGCAUGUGCAUGCAAUGAGUGGAAAACAGUGUGUGAUUGUAAUUGGUCUCUCUCUCCUUUCUGUUAUUCCUCCUCCUUUCUCUGGUAAUUCUGUUCUGUUAUCGUUUCCUUUUCUGAACUACACUUCUGCUGUAUUGUUUUCUGAUGAACUUCGCAAUGCAAUUUACUGAUUAAUACCAGAAGAAUUUCCCAUAUUUUGUUGUAUUCAUUUUAUUUCCUGAGAUAAGGUGUGACAAGGUGCUCUCGUUGAGAGACGAUGGCAGAGAAUACGAGGCUGAAGGAGUUAUCAAAUGACCUGAAGAGUCUGCAGCUUGAUAUGCAGUGCAUGCGCGACAUUGUGGAGAGAACAGAGACUGAGAGCAAGAAUAUGCGUGAGUUAGUAGAACGAACAGAGGCUGCCAGUAAUUCACGUUUGGAGCGCUUGGAGAAGGCUAUUGGUGAUUUCCUCCGAGCUCCAAAUCCUAGAGUUGAUAAGCUUGAGGCCACUAUAGAGAAUUUGGUGCGACAACCCAAUCCUCGGCAUGAGAAACUUGAAGCUAGAGUUGAGACUCUGGUUCGAAUGGUUGAGGCUACACAAAGAGAUAAUGAAGCACGCAAGGUGUUGCAAAUUGGCAGCUCAGAUGGAGGAAGCGGAGCGAACAGCUACAUGAAUCAGCGACAGGUAAAAAUCGAUUUCCCUCGGUUUGAUGGCACUGACCCCCAUGGAUGGAUUUUCCGUGCAGAGCAGUACUUCGCAUUUUAUCAGAUGACCACGCCUCAGAGAAUUAUUUUGGCAUCAAUUCAUAUGGAUGGAGCGGCAAUACCCUGGUUCCAGAUGAUGCUAAAAUCGAACCUACUAACUACAUGGGAAAGUCUCACCCAAGCUAUUGAAGCUCAUUUCGGCCCUACGCAAUUCGAACAUCCGAGAUCACAGUUAUUCAAGCUUACUCAGACAGAUUCAUUGGACUCCUACCACCAACAAUUUAUGACUCUUGCUAAUCGAACUGAAGGAGUGACGGACGACGCUCUUUUGGAUUGUUUUGUUGGGGGUCUUAAGCUAGAGUUACGUCGAGAAGUGGUUGCUCGUUCUCCGGGAAAUUUAUUGAAGGCAGUAAGCCUAGCUCGAUUGUUUAAUGAGAAGUACCAUCUGGGAAAUUGGGUAAGCAAGGGCAAGGGACACAUUGGUGUGGCUGGAAAUGCCGUCCCUCUAUCAAAUAAGCCUGUCACAACAACGACGGCUGUUGCGGGGUCGUCCUUCAUUAAACCAUCGACUGUUCCAUUACUGCCCACACCCAAUAUUAAGCCAUUGACGGCUGUACGUAAAAUUACACCCGCAGAAAUGCAGAUCCGGCGAGAGAAAGGUUUGUGUUACACUUGUGAUGAGAAAUUUUCUCCAAAUCACAAAUGCAUGAAUCGACAAUAUAUGUGGUUGCAAAAUGAAGAUGAUAAAGAGGAACCGGAGUCCCCACCGUCCCUUACAGCUACAGAUACGCCAAAAAUAGAGGACACAGCUACCUACCAUCACAUCUCACUACAGGCUUAUAAUGGGACUGCAGGGCGAACUACAAUACGGUUCUCUGGGAUAGUCAAGGGCAUGUCCGUACAGGUCUUGCUUGAUGGCGGAAGUUCUGAUAGUUAUAUUCAUCCCAGAGUAGUUAAACACCUCAAGGUACCGGUGGAGCCAAUUAAGUCCAUGAAGGUUUUGGUAGGAAAUGGACAAUUAAUGCAAGGAUUGGGCUUGGUAAGGGAACUUCCAGUCCAAAUCUGUGGACAAGUGAUUUUGAUUUCUGCAUACGUCCUUGAGAUAGCCGGAUCAGACAUUGUGAUAGGCUCGGAUUGGCUCGCUACCCUUGGCCCACAUGUGGCAGACUAUAGUAAUGCCACAAUCAAGUUUCUGGCCCAUAAUAAUUUCGUCACUUUAAAAGGGCAAAAGGAUGCUAGGUGUGAGAUGACCCAACUCCACCAACUUCAUCGAAUUCAUAUGACAAAAGGCAUCAGUGAAGUGUAUCUGGUGCAGAUGAUGGCCUUGGAAAGUUUAUUAAGUCUUGACAAGUCCGACGUAUUGCAAGAAGAUUUGGAUACUGUGCUUUCUAAAUACUCAAUUGUUUUUGAGACCCCACACGAGCUUCCACCCUCAAGGGAAUGUGACCACAGAAUUAUUUUACAACCAGGAACAGGGCCUGUUAAGGUCCGCCCGUACCGCUAUCCUUUUAGUCAAAAGGCAGAAAUUGAACGUAUGGUUGAAGAGUUGUUACAAGAUGGAUUUAUUCAGCCAAGUGUUAGCCCGUUCUCAGCGCCUGUACUCUUGGUUAAGAAAAAGGAUGGUUCCUGGAGAAUGUGUGUUGAUUACAGAGCUCUGAAUGCGGUCACAGUAAAAGACUCUUUUCCUAUGCCAACAGUGGAUGAACUUUUAGAUGAGUUAGGUGGCUCAAAAUAUUACUCAAAGCUUGAUCUUCGUGCUGGUUAUCACCAAGUUCGGAUGCAUGAAGCAGACCGAGACAAAACGGCAUUUCGAACUCAUCAAGGAUUGUACGAAUGGCUUGUCAUGCCAUUUGGCCUCACCAAUGCUCCUGCUACAUUUCAAGCUUUGAUGAAUUCUGUUUUUAAAGCUUAUUUACGCAAAUUUGUACUUAUAUUUUUUGAUGACAUUCUUAUAUACAGUGCCACUUGGUCUCAGCAUCUCGAACAUAUUGGGUUAGUGCUAGAGCAAUUAGUUGCUCACCAAUUAUAUGCAAAGAAAUCAAAGUGUUCUUUUGGCCAGACACAAAUUGAAUAUUUGGGUCAUGUGGUAGCGGCAAAUGGCGUGUCUAUGGAUCUUUCAAAAGUGGCAGCAGUACAACAAUGGCCAACACCUGUAAAUGUCUCCCAACUCAGGGGAUUUCUUGGGUUGACCGGAUACUACCGAAGAUUCAUUCAUAAAUAUGCUUCGAUAGCACAGCCCUUAACUCGAUUAUUGCAGAAAAAUGGGUUCAUUUGGACUAAUGAGGCACAAUCGGCAUUCGACUUGCUUAAAAAAGCUUUGACCGAGGCCCCUGUUUUGGCUCUCCCAGAUUUUUCUUUGCCAUUUGUGGUUGAAACGGAUGCCUCAGGGUGUGCGAUUGGGGCGGUAUUAAGUCAGAAUGGACACCCUAUUGUCUAUUUCUCGAAACAACUUUCCUCUCAGAUGCAAGCUCAGUCAGCCUAUGUUCGGGAAUUAUUUGCUAUCACGCAGGCUGUGGCAAAGUUUCGACAUUAUUUGUUUGGUCACCCUUUUGUUAUUCGCACUGAUCAAGAGAGCCUUAAACACCUUGAUAAGCAGGUUCUUCAGACCCCUGAACAAGAGCUUUAUCUACCCAAGUUACUAGGAUACAGGUUUGCCAUUGAGUAUCGACCAGGUAAAACAAAUUUGGCAGCUGAUUCCCUGUCCAGAGUGACUUAUAUGGCCAUAUAG